GAGCAGAGGUAGGGUAGCAAUGAGCAAGCGAAGGACCCAGGGUCACGAGGCCGUUGAGGGGCGGAGCCAGCGGCCUGGGAGGUUCUAGUCGGUUCUACCUCGCGGCAACCGCCCCCUUCUGCAAGGUCUCGCCCAGCCAGCUUUCGGGCCUUGGAUAGGGCCGCAACCUCCAUAGCAGUCGCCCGCGGUGUCCCUACCAUGGAUCCCCGCAAAGUAAACGAGCUUCGGGCCUUCGUGAAAAUGUGUAAGCAAGAUCCGAGCGUCCUGCACACCGAGGAGAUGCGCUUCCUGAGGGAGUGGGUGGAGAGCAUGGGGGGUAAAGUACCACCUGCUACCCAUAAAGCUAAAUCAGAAGAAAAUAUCAAGGAAGAAAAAACGGAUAGUAAGAAGACGGAGGAAAACAUAAAGACAGAUGAGCCAUCAAGUGAGGAAAGUGAUCUAGAGAUUGACAAUGAAGGUGUAAUUGAACCGGACACUGAUAGCCCUCAAGAAAUGGGAGAUGAAAAUGUAGAGAUAACUGAGGAGAUGAUGGAUCAGGCAAAUGAAAAGAAAGGGGCUGCCAUUGAUGCUCUAAAUGAUGGGGAACUACAGAAAGCCAUUGACUUGUUCACAGAUGCCAUCAAGCUGAAUCCUCGCUUGGCCAUUCUGUAUGCCAAGAGAGCCAGUGUCUUCAUCAAAUUGCAAAAGCCAAAUGCUGCCAUUCGAGAUUGUGACAGAGCCAUUGAAAUAAAUCCUGAUUCAGCCCAACCAUACAAGUGGCGAGGGAAAGCACACAGACUUCUGGGCCAUUGGGAAGAAGCAGCCCAUGAUCUUGCCCUUGCUUGUAAGCUGGAUUAUGAUGAGGAUGCAAGUGCAAUGCUGAAAGAAGUUCAGCCAAGGGCCCAGAAAAUUGCUGAACAUCGAAGGAAGUAUGAGCGAAAACGUGAAGAACGAGAGAUCAAAGAAAGAAUAGAAAGGGUUAAGAAGGCUCGAGAAGAGCAUGAGAAGGCCCAGAGGGAGGAAGAAGCCAGACGACAAUCAGGAGCUCAGUAUGGCUCUUUUCCAGGUGGCUUUCCUGGGGGAAUGCCUGGUAAUUUCCCAGGAGGGAUGCCUGGAAUGGGAGCAGGCAUGGCAGGAAUGCCUGGGCUCAAUGAGAUUCUCAGUGAUCCAGAGGUCCUUGCAGCCAUGCAGGAUCCAGAAGUUAUGGUGGCCUUCCAGGAUGUGGCCCAGAAUCCUGCAAAUAUGUCAAAAUACCAGAGUAAUCCAAAGGUUAUGAAUCUCAUCAGUAAAUUGUCAGCCAAAUUUGGAGGUCAAGCAUAAUGCUCAUCUAACAAAGCCCUUUCUCAAGGAAAAGCAACCUAGAUCACUUAAUGGAUGUUUGCAAUAAUACAAACCAGUGUACCUCUGACCUCAUCAGGAGAGCUGGGGUGCUUCAAAGAUAAUCCCUUCCCCUCUGCACAAAAUGGAGCUGAGGUGUUUUACAAUGGCUUACCAUUAGCGAUUCAUUCAGAUAAUGUUUUCCUACUAGGAAUUACAAACUUUAAACACUUUCUAAACCAUAAAAAAAGAUUUAAAACAUUCAAAGGGCCUAGUAACCCCUAUAGUUUUUUUUUAUUAGUCAUUUUAGGUUUUUCCUUUGAAUUACUGGGCAAGGAAGAUACUUCAGUGUGAAAAUUUAUGGCUUUAGUAUGAAUGAAUAAAGUUGUCUUUUUUGUGUGGGUAGCAAAUCUCAUUUAGGAAGAUAAAGUUUGAGUUGGAUAUAUGGAUACUAAGGCAUUUUGAUUUGGCUUUUUAACGUUUUUUUUUUUUAAGAUGAUUUAUUUCAGUAUAACUAUUGGGACCACCAGUAUUUGAAUCUGAUCUUGCUAAGGACUGGAAGUACUGGUAGGGCAGCAGCAGUCUUACACAGUGUUUAAUAUAAUAUGUACCCUUGUACAGUUUGCAGUUAAAUCGUACACUGUGCUGAAGGGGUGAUCUUUUUUCUAAGCCACAGUGGAAUUGGGCUGUUUAGCUCCGUUCUUGUCCAAAAUACCAAAUAAAUGUUUCAUAUUAUUUCCACUAGGGAAAAUAUAGGAAUAUGUUUCUUUUUGUAUAUCUUCUCAGAAAUACCUUUCCUCAUCAGAAAAUGACCAAUUCUAUUUGCUUUCUGCUUGUAUUUUCCCCUUUAAUCUUCUGAAGCUACAGGUAAUAUUUUUUUCACUAGUGUCAUUGUUACGACCAUUCCCAGCAUAAUUGUGUAAGCAUAUUUAAUGCUGGGUUUAAUUUAGUACAUAAUACAUGUCAGGUGAUACCUGUAACAGCUGUGGUUUCUUUCCUUGGUCUUGAAAUUGCUUAUUUAAGUGUCAUACUUAAGUCUGGAAAAAUCUUGUCAUAUCAAGACAUUGAAAGGAGGGAUUCCCUCUGGCAUUUGAUCUUUAACUUGAGAAAUACAUAUGUGUAGUUAAAGUGUAUCCUAAAGUACUCAUCUUUGUAUUCUGAAGAGCAUAUAAUUUGAAUUAGUUGCUACACAUACAGGAAGUAACUGCUUGAUGAAAGAUAAAUUAUAAAAGAUGAAAGCCACAGUUAUUUGCUAUGGAGUUGUUGGCACUAUGAAGAAUUUCUUCUUUUUCAGCUCUUAAGUACUAAAAACCAUCCCCAACACCUGCUCUCCCUCCUUUCCCUGUAAGAGUAAAGAAAAUGAUAAAUUUCAUAAUGUACAUUUCUAAAUUAGUACACUUCUGAAAUCAUGUUUAUUCUGGUUCUAACCCUUUGCUGUACACAAAGAGAAAAAUUCAUCUCACAUAAAUGAGGAAAUCUGUGUGCUAAUGGAGCAUGCUUUCACAAUCUUUAGAAACACCAUAUAAUACUGGAGUUGAGCUUGCCUGUGUUCUUUUUGUUCAUGUGUGUGCUGUUUGAACAUUUCGUUGUGUGCUGUGCUUAAUUCAAAACUCCUUUGUUCCUGGACUCCUUACUAUAUAUGACCUAACUAUAUGCUGACACCGCAGAUACUACCAUAAAUGGGUGAACAUGAAGUUGCUCUUCUGAAAAUGUAUCCUGUGCUUCUAGAUUUUAAAGUUCCUUAAAUACAAAACACAGUCUUCAUAAAGAUUCAAUAUCAUUUCUAAAACAAAUGUUUUUUUUUUGCUACUGAUGCUAUAAGAAGGAAAAGGAAAAGGCAUUUUCUGCUUAAAAAUAUAGUCAUUGGAUAUUUCUAGCCACGUUAAAAAUAAAAUAUGGUUUCAAACUGAA